UAUUUAUGUCAGAGGAAUAGGCAGUUGACUUUACCUUUAGUAGUCUGUUACCAACAGGAGAGAAGUUAAUGACAUGGCUUACAUACUCGACUUUAUUUGGUUUAAUAUCAUUUCCCUUGAUUGCAUUGACCAUUGACCAAAAAUUGUAUUAUAAGUGAUCUAUAAGCAGUGCUAUUCAUUUUUGGAUCUUGACUUUUCUUGAUGCAGGGUUGUUAUUCACAUUGCUUUAUUUGAAAGGCCAACUUAGUUAAAUUGAAAGAGAGAAAAAAGAAUUCGUUUAAGAUGAAUUCAAAAAGCCUUAAAAAAAGAAGAAGUCUAUGGAAAAUGAAAAGGACAAGGUUGCUUAGAAGGCAAAGAAGGAAUCAUAAAAAAAUAAUACAAAGAAUUUUAAUAAAUCCUUAGGAAAGUAGAAAUCAUUCCAAUAAAGAAAAUGACUUAGUUGUUGUAAAUAACAUUAUAAUAA